AAGGGUUUGGCUUUGUUGUUUCUCUAAGUAAAAUAUAAGCAAGAGAGAGAGAGAGUGGAGAGAGAGAGAGAGAGAAGACUGCAGAGAGAGAGAGAUCAGAUCAUUGGUUUCUUAUUAAUUUUCUGGUCUGCCAAACAGAUUUGCUGGUGCAGUGGUGUCAAAGGAAUCUUCUCCGAAUUCACCACCCUCAGAGCCUCUACUAGUACUGCUUAGAUUGCUCCGUCAAAACGUACGGAAAACUAAAGAGAGAAGAAGAAGAAGAAAUAUAUGGAUUUGAUCGAAAUAUUAGCAUGCAUGGAAUUUGCUGGCACUACUGCUUUUCUUGGUCUUUAGUUGUUGCUGUUCCACUGCUGUUGUGAAUCGUAUUUCUCUGGAGAGAGAGAGAGAGAGAGAGAGAGAGAGAGAGAGAGAGAGAGCUGGGGAGAAUUGGCAUGAAGGUUGGGAAUUCUCAAUGAGCAUCAUAGGUGAGAAUCAGAAUCUGGGUCUCUUUCUAUUUCAGGUAUGGGAACCAAAAUCGAGUAUGCCGUCAAUCCGUUAGGAACAGCCUCGCAGAAUAGUAAGCGCUUUACGGUGCACGGUGUGGAUGAUUGGGAAUAUCUUCAGAACAGCGGGGUGAAGGGGAAGUAUUCAUCGACGACCGGGUUGGAGAACAAGAUUCAGAAAUCAAUGGACAGGAUGAUAGACAAGUACAAUGUGGAUUCCAUCAAGAAGACAAUGCAGAUGCAUGAUGAUAUCUUCAAACACCAGGUAAGGGAACUGCACCGGCUGUAUAGCGUUCAGAAAAUGCUGAUGGAUGAAGUCAAGAAAGAAAUUAAGCAAAGUAAAAUUUGGAAUCCCAUGACUAGCUCAGACAUCAGUACUUCUCAGUUAAUUAACUGGCAGCAACCGGCAACAAAACACGCCCCGGGAGCUAGUUUCCACAUGAUCCAGAGCAUGAGAGAUGAUCUAAAUUCUAGGGAGUGUAGUGGUAGUUACUCUGGAGACACAACGAGAAUCUUGAGGGGAUUUGAUCUCGAAAGGCCUGCUGCAGCAGAAGACAUCUCCACCGGAGUCAGUGCUGCGGACGAAGAUCAAACAGGAGGUCGAAGAUCUAACGAUGCCCUCAAGAGUAGCAAGAUGAGAAUAGAUGGCCCUGAUGAAGAUAGUGAUGUGGAGCUGACAUUGAGCAUUGGAAGUAGCGCGAGCAAGAAGGGAUCGAAAACGAGCAAUAAUAAGGACAUGAAAGAGCUCGAUUCGUCUGCCUCGUUUAAAUCGGAUAGAGGGGGAGUACGCAGUGACCCCACCACCCCCAUGAGCAGCUCCAGUGCAACAUUUGACCAGGAAAGAAAGCAGCCACAUUGGCUUUUCCACAGUUUAAAGCUCAAAUAGAAACUUUUUUAACAUUCAACUUCUAUAUGUGUGUAUCCUUUUUUCCUUUCAAAACUUACAUGGACCACUUAAUUUACAUAUGGUUCAUGAUUGAGAUUCUAAUUUAGU